AAUGAAUUCUGACGUUGAUCCUGUAUAUACAAGAUUGUAUCACAAAUACACAAUGAAGUACAGAAGAAUCAUAGAUAAGUACUAUCCUAUUCUGAAAUUAAUAGAUGGAUAAUGCAUCCAGGUAAAAGAUGGUCACUAUGCGCUUUAUUACUAUUUUUCUAUUUUAGCAGACUUGUUGAAACAUAAAGUUAUUUUGUUGUAUCCUACAUGCUUGGAAUUCAAAUAAUUUAAUCUUUGUUGAGGUACUUUACACCACUAGGACUACCGGAUAUUGAAGAUGAAGAUGAAGAUGUCAAUAGUAAUGCUUUCAAUUAUCCCAUUAAGUCUAACUUCCAUAGCAUACUGAUGAUAGACCUCUAAUUAGAUCUAUGCCUGAAAUUUAAUUGUGGGAGUAAAUCAUCUUCGCUCUGUUCCUGUCAAAUUUUGCAACAUACUUUUAAAUAUUUGAUCUUCCUGUUUAUUGGCCUUUUUUAUUUAGUUAUUUCAUAUUAGUCAUGAUCAUAACUUUUAAAAAAUAUCUAAAACACAUGCAGAAAUAUGGAUAUAGUUGGGGAGAUUUCUCAAAGAGAUGAUUGU